GGAGCAUCUGACUCACUGGCCGAUUUCUGCCACUCAGUUCAGUCCUGACCCAAACUUAAAAAGACACACGCAAAAGCUACUUUCCAGCAUCUAUACCUUAUAUAAGAUCUCACACAUCCUCUUAUUUUCACAUUCUUUUCUUCUUCUCCAACAGGCUUCCGCUUGUCAUAAUACAUCACCAUGGCGUCUUCAUCGGAAUCAGACCUGCCUUGGUUUCUCAAGUCAUCCUACCCCGUUCUCUUCCCCUUCGACGAUGCCGUGAGAUUGCCACAGGUUGAGUUUGAGGAAUGUAUUCGUCAGAUGAUCGGCGAUCGACACAAGAGAUCUCUCUUACUCGAUAAGCGUGAGGCUCAUUUUGCUACCAUGGCUGACGCUGAUGAGUCCGAGACCUUCACUCUCGUCUCCAACUCGACCUCUGCCGAAAUCCGUCAGGCCAUGGAGGCCACCAACUUUUUGAGCCAUGCUUCCCAAGACUCUGAAACUAUCCGAGAAUCUCCUGCUGCCCAGGAGCCGGAGGCGGAAGAAGCCAAGCCUGCCCAGUCCAACCCUUUCAUGGAGGGCCUCAUCAGCUACGGGAACCAGGAGCCAUCUCGGAACCUCGAAAACAUGAUGUUCACGGAAAACGGCGAUCUCGCUUAUCGUUCUAGCCAAGACGCCCUUGUUGACCUCUUCCAAGAACUCGAGGAAGUCGUCUCUGGUCCUCACCUGAAGGAUCUCCUCACUAGAGCCUGGCAGGAGAACCCCCUUGCUACUCUCAGAAUUAUCUUCAACGCUCGCUCUAUCCAUCUAGGCAAGAGUUCACGAACAGUCUUCUACCGCUGUGCUGGCUGGCUGGCACAGAACCAUCCCUUGACCCUCGUCGCCAACCUCUGCUGGCUCAGCCGCCCAGUUAUCAACAAGAAGGCCGAGAAGAAGGAAGACGAUGACCUUGUCCUCGUUGAAGAAGAGAACGACGACGACUCGACCAAGUUCGACGUGAAAAAUGGAGUCGCCCAUGGCUACUGGAAGGAUCUCCUCAACAUCCUGGCCAUUGCGGCCAACGAUAAGCUUACUGUUGUUGAUGACCCUAAGGAGGUCCUCAACAUCGAGAACCCCGGCAUCAUCCGCGGCAAGAGUAUCAACAAGCCUCGUCAUCGUGACGGCCGCAGACUCCGGGGACUUCAUCGUGGAGACCGAGGACGUGGAAGAGGUCGCGGUCGUGGCCGAGGCCGAGGAUCUCACUCAUCUGGACAGGAGAUGAGAGAGCAGAAUCGCAAGGUCGAUCCCAAGGAACUCAGGCGAGAGACUAGAGAGAACCGCCAUGAGACCGCACAGGUCCUCUUCAAGACUGAUCCAGUGUACCGCGCCCUGCACCUGACCAUCGCUCGACUGUUCGCGGAGCAGUUAAAGAAGGAUAUCCAAGCCCUUCGAGGAGACGACAAGGCCAAGCGCUCUAUCUCGCUGUGCGGCAAGUGGGCUCCUUCACCCGAUCACUUCCACGACAGACACACCUUCAUCGUCAGCACCAUCGCCGAGAUCAUGUACCCGCGGGCGUCUAUCUACCACCCGAUUCUUAGCCCAAGAGACGACCAUGAGAAGUAUCUACGAUUCGCCCGUGAGCAAUACCGCAAAGAUACGUCUGCCCUCCGAAAGCAGCUAGAGAUCGUUGAGCGAGAUAUCAGCGUCAAGAAGUACGAAAACAUCAAGUACGACCGAGUUCCCUCCCUCGCCAUGAACCAGUACUCCAAGCUGUUCAUCGAGAACGAUGCCGAGCGCUUCGGCAAGUACCUUGACAAGGUUGCUGAAGGAAAGGCCAACAUCUCUGGAGCUACUCUUCUCCCCUCUACAUUGAUCCAGAAGGUUCGAAUGGGCGGUUCUUCUGAUCGAUCAGGAGCCAACAAGCUUCUUGACCAGAAGGUCGCGGAGAUCGAGGCCAAGGUCCUCGACGGGCAAUGGAAUACCCUCGUCAAGAGAAUCAAGGACUCGGGCACAAUGGACUCCUGCAUCGCGGUAUGUGAUGUAUCUGGCAGCAUGAACAGCCCUGUUUUCAAGGAUAAAACCACACCCAUCGAUUCCGCCAUUGGUCUGUCUCUCCUCCUCGCAGAGGUCGCCAAGCCCCCUUUCGCCGGCACAUUCAUCACCUUCAGCGAGAACCCCCGGGUCGAGGAAGUUGACCUGAGCAAGACUCUGAGGGAGAAGUACUGGGCCAUGCACAGAUCGGAGUGGGGUAUGAGCACCAACUUCGUGUCCGUCUUCGAAGACCUGAUCCUUCCCAUGGCUCUCCAGAACAAGCUCAAGCAGGAGGAUAUGAUCAAGCGUGUCUUUGUAUUCAGUGAUAUGCAAUUCAAUGACGCAAGCUCCUCAGACUCUCGCUACUACCAAGGCUGGGCUUCUGAAAGACCAUCAAGCUGGUCUACUUCCUUCGAACGUAUCAAGGCCAAGUUCGAAAAGGCGGGUUACGAACUCCCCGAGCUUGUCUUCUGGAACCUCGCAGGCGGACGAGCAGGAUACACCGGAAGCGGUGGAGAUCCAACGGCGCCCAAGCCUGUCAAGGCUGAUGAGGAUGGAACAUGCCUCGUCAGCGGAUACUCACAGGGACUGCUGAAGGUGUUUUUGGAGGGAGGUGGUUUUGAGGAAGAGGAUGAAGAGGUUGUUGUCGAGAAGGAUGAGAAGGGUAAUGUUACCCAGAAGACGAAGAAGGUGAAGAUGACGCCUCUCAAAAUUGUACAGAAGGCCAUCAGCCACAAGGCGUACGAGAUGUUGAAGGUGGUCGACUAAGGGGAAGAUCGACUAAAAGGGAGUAAUGAGUUAUGAGAAACGAUACCCAAAUUGAAACGCAUAGUUAUUGUAUGAUAGAAUUCAAGAGUCGAAACCGCGACUGUAGCUAUAGUAGAAAAGUUAUAUUGUAUUUCAAUCCCUCACUUCGCGUGGGUGAUAAGUG